CUGGUGCAGGCAUGAGUACAACAUUCAAUUUUCAGUUGUAUAUGUAACUAUAGCUCGCUACGCACUUUUUUAUACACAACGGUUUAGAGGCCUAAAAUUUAGAGUUGGCUAAAUCCAACUAUACUGAAUCCAGCUCUAGCCUACAGGAAAAAAAACAACAGUUUUCUGAGACAUUUCUUGUUUUAAAAGAUACUUUCACAUAAAAAGGUGAUUAAACCAAAAGUUUUGAUUGGCACACCAUUGUCCAUAAAUUGAACACAAGCAGGUACGUGUGUGAUUGGGAUUGUACUUAGUAUAAAGUAGAACCAACAAGAAAAGAAGUCUAGCUAGCCAUUAGCUAGCUAUAGCUAGUAGUACACAGAGGUAGACAACAGUUGUCAAGCAACAGUAUCAGUCUGAAACAAAUGUGAGUAUGUGAAGGUGAAUCGCGCUUCUAGAGUGCUCGACGGGUAGAGCUAUAUAUUAUGUGUGUCAGGUUCAAUAAAAUACACGGUACUUUUGUACGACUUUAAGUUUCAUGUUAAACAAUCAUCAGGUACAAGUUACCAAAUAUUUCUAGGUCCCUGAGUUUAAGAUUAAAAUGCCUGUUUACCAAGAUCCAGAUUGUACAGUGUUUGUGUCAAAUGUUGAAGGGAGGGUUACUGAAGAACAUCUGUGGGAACUUUUUUUACAGGCUGGACCAUUACGAAAUGUACACAUCCCAACAGACAGAGGUACUGGGAAAAAUAAGACAUUUGCGUUUGUAACUUUCCGGGAUGAGUGCUCUGUACCGUUUGCAUGUGAGCUAUUUAAUAAACUUAUGUUAUAUAAAAAACCAAUUUAUUGUAAACCUACAAAAGACAGCAAACACGCAGCAUCUACAGGCACACAAUUUACUACCCCAGAAAGACCACUUGAUAUAAAUCAAUCAUUUGGAAGAUAUGAUGCACGCAAUACCCCAAGCGAGUCACCUCAGACACCCAAUGAACAUGUAAACACCCGUCCCGAUUAUAGUAACAAAAGAGGAUACAACUCAUAUGAAAGAAAAGAUUUUCACAGACCGUAUGAUUCAAGAAAUAUGAAUGGGGGUCAUUUUUCAAAUGAACGUGAGAAUUUUUCUAAUAGUUAUAACGAUCGUGGUAAUAGAGGAAGGUAUGAUAAUCAUUCGAGGUUGAAUGGUGGUGACUAUCAUCGUGAUAAUCAGAGAAAUAUGACACCAAAUAGUCCUGACGUAAACAUAAAUCCACUUCUUUUGGAAGCUGUCAGUCGGUCUAUUAAUCACCUCCGCCAGCAAGGUGGUCAAGGACGUUCACCACAAAAUAACCAAUCUCAUUUUGGACCAAUGAGACAUGAUAACUCAAGACACAGAGACACCAGGCGACAUUAUUCUCACCCUUAUUAAAAAUUAUUUUAGCUUUUCUUUCUUUCAAGUAAGUUAGGGUAUGUAUAUUAUGAAUAUGGAUGUGUCGAUGGAAGAAUUUAUAUCGUUCAAAUAAAGGUUUUUGUACUGGAGGCUUAAAAGAAAUCAAUACAGCAUCAUGGUUGCUUUAAUUUAUAUGUUAUAGCAUCUUUAUGAUAAAUUUAAUGUGCUAUUUUAAAUUUUACGCUAAUUAACAUGAUAUUUUCCAGUGUUACUGCUGCUGCCGUGUUUUAUGUACUAAUUAUUUUAAUGGUUUUAUUUUACAAUUAAAUUAACUAACUUGUUUUUAAAAUGUAGAAAAGGAAUUUUAUUAUAAAGACGAUGUGCAUACAUAUUUUACCUGGCAUCAGGAAAAUUGGAUUAAGACUCGCAUGCUUAUCUGUCUCAGAAUUAGAACAAUCUUAUGAUAUGCUUAUUUUUUAUCAACUCUCAAAAUUAUUCGAGGCCGUGUACUUUUGUACUUUUUUUUACUUAGCGAAAAUUUUAAAUUUUCCUAUUAUUUGGAAAGGGCAGUUAAGGUGACUUUAAAAGAUGCUAAAGUAUUAUUACUAUGUUCAAACAUGUUUAUCUGUAUGUUAAAUUUAAUCUUAUAUCAACUUUUAUUACCGACAGGGCAUCUGCAUAUGGAGUAUAUAAUUAAAUGUUUGGACCAAUUUAAGCCGAAAAGUUUUUUUGCAUAAUGACAACAAGAUUGUUUUAAAAUUAAAAUUCUUUAAACUGUUUUUCUAUGUCUUUGACAUAUUAUUUCUAUUAAGAGCUGCUUUAAUUCUGAUAUAAAUACUUUCAUUUUUAACGUAUUAAAGUUAAAACAAGUGAAAAUCAUUUUAGCAAAUGGGACUAUUUUUUAAAGUACUAGUUUUGAGGUGUAAAUCGCACACCUUUUUUUGUGUGUACUUUUUCUGAACUUCAUUAUAGUUGUAAUAAACUCACAAAAAUUAGUCUGAGCAAUAAAGUUAGCGAGGUUCCAUUUUUAGAACCUUGGACGACAUGACGUGUUUUGUGAUUAUUUCAUUUUUAAUAGACUUUAACAGAAUAAACCUUUUGCACAACUUCCAAUUUCCUUUGUUUUUUUAAAUUUUUGUUUUCUGAAUUUUUAUGAAUUUUUCUCUCAUUUCUUUAUUAUCGUAUAAUGUUUUUGGUACUUCUGAUAACAUCCUCAAAAAAGUUGUUGCAUAUUAAUUACUGUACAUUAUUUUCUAGUUCCAUCUUCUGUAUUAUCCUCAUUGCAAGUUUCUGAAUUUUCAUUGUGUUGUGGGCCUUUUAAAGCCCAGCUGAAUAGGUUAUGUGAACAAACUUGUGUCCUUUUUAACUAUGUUAAUGUCUCUAGUUGAGCAUUUUCUUUGUUUGUGUUCACUCUGCUCAGCAGUUUGUUUCUCAUAUUAUUUUGAUUUCUUAUGCCUUAAGGGAAGAAUUUUUUGCAAAAAUAAAUGUCUUCUGAAAAAUAUUUGCUAAAAUCACUUUAUUCACUAAAAAAUAACACCCAGAAUGGGUCAUGGUAGAAGCAAUUAAGAAAAGAAUUUUAUUGCUAUUUUUUGAUGAUGGAUUGUAAUAUUGUGUGUAUUUAUGAAGGUCCGGAAGGCAAUUGUUAUCCCCAAAUUGAUCUAAUUGCUUCUACUUUCUUGUUGUGGAAAAACAUCUUUGAUACUUCGAAAAGUAAAGAUUUUUUAUGAAAAUAAACUGUAAAUUGAAAGUUCUUUCAUUCAAAUCACGAAUAUAUAUUCCAUUCCAAAUAUAUUUCAUAGAAACCUUUUCAAUAAUUCGCAAACAAUCAAUUUUCCAAAAUUUGCCAGGAAACCCUGUUUUAUAUAAAAAAAAACUACCAAUUUGCAUAAUAAACGAAAAUUUCUUUCCUGAAGGUAAGUAGUUGUUUGCCAACUCCUAACUUCAUUUUUAUCUGUUAUUUUUUUAUAAGUAAUUGUUUUAUGUCAUACUUGUUGUUAUAAUAGUUUUUGUGUAGCAAAAAUUUCACAAUAAGAUGUUCUAUGUUGGAGUGUACUUAGUAUUGUGGACUGGAUAUUACUUUGUUUUGUGUUAUUUCAACCGAAAGCAGUCAGCAGAAUGGGUAUCAAGAAUUGUUGCCUUGACCCAUGCAUUUGUUAUCGCUCGAGGUAUAGAAGUUUGUAUAUUUACCGGACCGUGGCCAUUUGAUAAUUUUGGAGCUGAAAAUACUGUAUGUCAAAACAUUGUUCUUGAAGUUCAAUAUUUACAAAUAUAUGUGAAGUUGUAUUAAAUGUAUUUGUUCCUGUCAUGUAUCUGCAUUUGGUUGGUCCUUCUAUUGUUUUUGCAAUGGUUUAAUAAAAGAGAUGUAGCAUGGAAUUCCCGGAUUGUCUCUCUUCUGCAUGCUGUUAUUGUGUGUCGUUGUUGCGAAUAUUGCUGGUUAACAGAGUCAACAUGGCCGUUCAGCAAUUUUGGUGACGAAGUUACAUCGUGCCAGUCUAUUCCAAUGUUGAUUACUGCAACUUAUUUUGUUUACGAUAGUUUUGUUUGUUUUUAUCUCAAAGAAGACUUGGUGAUUGUUCUUCACCAUUUUAUUGCUGGUACAGUGGUUUUAUUUAGCUGGUAUGUGUCGAAAUCUGGUCCUGAAAUUUUGCUUGCCAUAUGGACAUCAGAAUUAACAAAUCCUAGUUUGAAUUUAAGAUACUGGUUGAGUGAGACUGGUAACGAUAAGGGUUUGUUUUCUCUCUUAAACGAUGUUUUGUUUUUUACUGGCUUCCUGCUUCUUCGUUUUGGUGUUGGUACAUAUAUGAUAUAUGAGUUAUAUUACUCUCAAAAUUCUUUGCUUUUAGUUAAGCUAGGAAGUGUAUUAUUUUACAUUUUAAAUAUUUGGCUGUUGCAUCAAAUGUUAUGUGUAAUUAGGGAUAUGGUAUUUAAAAACACUUUACCAACUAAAGACAAAACGUUGUAAUAGCUUGUAAUUAGCUCUCCUGAGUAAACCUUUUUUACGCCCCAAAAUAUUCUAAAUUUUUUUUAAAUUUAUUUCUAAAAGGUUGUAUCACCGAAGGUUUUAUUUAGCUUAACAAGUCUCCUUUUUAAAAAUAUUUUGGAAAUUUCUAAAGAAGGAAACUGCUCUAUGGAAUUUAUGAGUGUAUGUAUGUAACAUUUUUUCAACUAAUCGCCCUCAACAAGUUAUUCUUAAUAUUCUCAAUUUUGUUACUCGGAACAACUGUUGAUAGGGAUUAAAAAAAAAGGUUGUAGAAGUUACGAGUUUUUUUAACAUAGAUUAUUGUGUAGUUUAUACUAUUUUAGAAUUUGCCUACAUUUUUUGAGUGAACACUUUUGCUGGUGUGAAAUGUGUACCAGCACAAAGUGGUAGAUUGUACUUUUGAUAAUAAGAAUUUUGUAACAAUAGCAUUGCACUGGCGCUGGUAGCGUUGUUAUUUUCAAUUUUGUGCAAAUUUUUUAAAUUUUAUUUCCCAAAUUUUAAUCAAUACAUUAGUUGUAUGCAAUAUGUAAAUCCAGUGAAUUAUUACAACUUAUUGAUCAAGUGCUAUACAUUCUGUUGUUUCCUACAUCAUUUGGUAGCGAAAUUAAAAUUAAGUUGAAAGAAUUAUUUUUUAAAAAAUAUUGCUUUUAUUGUUAUAGCGUAUUUAUAUAUAGUAUGUAUUAUAUAUGUUAUAUAUUUAUGUUUAGUAUGCAUAUUUUCUUCUCUUUUUAUAUUUUUAAGUCGACUUUGUUUAUUUUAUCUCUGUUAUAUAUGUCAUGAAAUGUGUUUAUGAUUCACAAAGAUAUUUUUUGUAUAUUAUAUAUAUAUAAUAUUUUAUGUAUAAUUUUUUUACUAUUAAACUGUAAUAGACUAACAGGGAUAUGAAGUCGUGUUCCAUUUUUUGCGGGUUUUUUUCAAAUUCCAUUUGAUCGAGUAAUGUAAGCAAGAAAAAUAAAUUUUCACAAGUAACAAAAAAUUGUGUCGACAUUAUCAGGAAGGUUAUGUGUGAAAGUUACAUGGCUGCCAUUUUGAAAACUGUACACAGCAAUGGUUACAAACUGAAGUGUAAAAAAUUCAGGCUUUGUUUAAUUUACCUAAAGCUCAAAAGUAUUGACAAAAUACAUUUAGAUUUGUGUACUAAUGUAGAAUGUGGCUAAUUAUUUUUGUAUCAAAUUCGAUACUUUGUGUGUUAUUAUCAAAAACGUUGUAACAACGUUUUUAAUCUUUAAUUUAUUUUCAAAGAUAAUUGUUCCUAUACUAUACAUGUAUUGCUUGGUAAAAAUGACACAUUUUAAUUAAUAAAUAAUUGUUUAUGUGGUGGAUAUGAAAAUAGAGUUUUUAGUUACACCCAUAACCACACCUACUUAUAUGAAUUCUUUAGAAUUCCAUUUUUGUUUUACUAAACUUGUGUGCUGUUGAUGUAUUUCGAGUAGGACAUGCAUGCUAUUAUUGAAGUUUUGUGAGUUUUUACUGUGGUGAACUAUAUUUUAUUGCAAGGCAUGUUAGAAUAUGUUUAUGUACAUUUUUUCAAGUGUGUAUCUAAUAGCUGCUUUGUAAGCACGAAUGUGCGUGUAACCUUAUUUUUGGAUUACUUAAGCUUUUUGUAUUACUUAUAGCGUUUUUAUAGUAAUGGAUGCUUCAAUUUUCAAAUUAGACUUAAAUCCCCAAAGGAAUGGAAAAUAUGCGUUUCUGGCUAUUACAACAUCGCGCACCUUGAAAAACGACAGUUUUUUUAUUAAGUAACAUUAAAAAAUAAGAUUUUAUUCUGGUGUAAUGUAUUAUGUUACUGUAGCCAGCUAAUUUUUAUGCUUGCUAUGGUCUAGAAGAGUAAAGGCUGACUGUGUUCGUUUUUAUUAAAUUUGUAUUUAUACGAUAUAUUUUUGACUUUAUGGCGUCAAUAAAAUAUGCUAUUACAUGGUUUGA